CGUGAAAUUCAGUGAAACAACAGAGUUUGAUGACCGAAAGAACCAACGAUACCAACAACCUUCCAAAUCCCAAGAAAAUGAAAUUCAUGUCCCCACCUUAAAAUCAUCGCUCUUCUCUCCUUCCUCAACUACUCUCCAAACCAAAUUCAUUACCUUUUACUCCUUUACUCUCCAAAGUUACCGUCUUUUCCUCUUUCGGUAUCUCUCUCCACAAACACGAAGGAUAAGAAUAAUGAGAACCGGAAACAAUUGGAGAGAAAUCCAAAAUUGAUGCUGUGUUUGAUGUUUCUGCUGAAUGAGACACUUGGAAUUUUAAUUUGGCUUCGUUCAUUCAAAGUCAAUCAAAUCGGAUCUAAUCGAUAAUAGGGUUUAUAGUUGAUAGUUGGGGAAUAAGGGUGUGUGUAUGUGCGUGUGUGUGUUUUUAUGGCUACAGAGACCAAAAGUGCUACGGUGAAGCUCAAGGGAAUUUCACAAGAUGGACCUUCCAGGCCAAAGGCUACUGAUUCUUUAGCUCUCAAGAAGAAGAUCGAUGGCUCUAUCAGAAGCCCACCUGAUUCCAAGAUGAAAUCUGUAACCACUGUCACAAAAUCUGAGGUUAAAUCAAAAUCAACACCAUCGUCGUCGUCGUCCAAAACAGUAACGAAAACAAAGACGACAACUACCAGAGUAAAGAAAGUCUAUAAUCUUCCUGGCCAAAAACACGAUCCUCCCGAACAGAAAGAGCCCUUGAGGAUUUUCUAUGAGUCAUUGUCAAAACAGAUUCCAACAAGUGAAAUGGCAGAAUUUUGGUUAAUGGAGCAUGGGCUGCUAUCACCUGACAGAGCUAAGAAAGCGUUUGACAAGAAGCAGAGGAAGCAAAAGGAGCAACGGACAGGAACUCCCGUUAAGCCGUCAAAGCCACCAUCUAGAACCGAAACUUCACAGAAGCCGCAACAGCCACCUUCAAGGAAUGGUGACAUAAAGGCCAAGAAAAGAAUCAUCGAUGAGAGCGACGACGAUGAUGAUUUCGUCUUAAGCCAUAAAAGAAGAAAGGGGUAAGAAGGAAAAGCCUCCUAAUGUUUUAUUUAACUUGUGAACAAAGCAAAAGAGGAAAAGAAUAAAAAAGGAAGAAAAGUUGUAAGGUAGAAAUUUUAACAAUUGUUAGAUUAAAGACAUUCUUUAUGUUUCAAACUUUACUGAGACAAUAAUGGACAAUGGUAAUAGACAAUUGGACAAUGCAACUUAUGUGUCUUGAAGAA